UUUAGAUUUUAUUUUGAAAAAAUAAUAUAAUUUGCCAAGUUAUUUGAUUUACUUAAUUAAAAGAUACUAGAUUUAAAAUGACAAUUUUUUUUUGGUUGGUGAACCUAAAGGUUCACUCUAGGGGGUGAACCCAAGAAUAACUCCUAGGCAAAAUAUCCUAUACGUCAACACACAACGAAAUCUAUAACAAAUAUACAUAGGUUCUUAAUUUUUUAUAUAAACAUUCUUUCUUUGAGCAUCAUUCACCACGAAUUGCGAACGCCAUGACAUAUAUCAUAUUAUCAAUACCUAAUCUUGGUUUGGUUAUUCAACCUAUUUGUUGUAUGACUCAUAUAUUGUAUACUUGUCACACACUAUUAAAAAUAAUAUUUACAUUAAAUUCUGACGAAUGCAUAUAACUUUAGUAAUGUGAUGGCUCCUUUGCACACAUGUUGUGUAUAUAUAUACAUACAAACUAGAACGUAGAGAGCUACCAGAUCUUCAAUAAUCUUCAAGAAAUUAGGGUUGUUGAUUAGAAGAUAUAUAACCAAAAUGGGAAGAUCACCGUGUUGCGAUCAAGACAAAGGCGUGAAGAAGGGACCGUGGGUGCCCGAAGAAGAUGAUAAGCUCACGGCUUAUAUAGAGAAGAAUGGUUAUGGGAAUUGGCGGUCGCUUCCUAAGCUCGCUGGACUUAACCGUUGCGGCAAGAGCUGCCGGCUCCGGUGGAUGAAUUAUCUACGGCCUGAUAUCCGGCGAGGCGAGUUCUCCGAUGAAGAAGAGAGUACUAUCGUUAGACUCCAUGCCCUUCUUGGCAACAAAUGGUCGAAGAUUGCGAGUCAUCUUCCAGGAAGAACUGACAACGAAAUCAAAAACUAUUGGAACACUCAUAUGCGGAAGAAGAUGUUGCAAAUGGGUAUUGAUCCAAUCACGCACGAGCCAAGAACCAACGAUCUUAGCCCUAUCCUCGACGUUUCUCAAAUACUCGCGGCGGCUAUUGGCAACGGCCAAUUUGGUAACAGUAACCUCAUCAACAACAACACUGCUUUGGAAGAUCUUCUCAAACUCCAACUGAUCCAUAAGAUGCUUCAAAUCAUAACCCCCAAAGCCAUACCAAACAUCACCAGCUUCACUACCAAUUCAUUGAAUCCUAAACUAGAUUCAGUAGUCAAUAGCUUCACUACCAAUUCAGUGAAUCCUAAACCGGAGCAGGCGGCUAUACAACUGAAUGCUAAUGAACCACAUGAUUUUAUAAACCAAAGUGCAAAUGAAGAUUUCAUGAUGCCACCGUUUGAAAAUAUUUGGGAUGGUUUUGAAGAUAACCAGCUUCCUGGUUUGGUUACGGUUUCUCAGAAAAAUCUGAAUUCAGGAACCGGAAUGAUGCCGGGUUAUUAUGGUGAUCAAUUAAGUGAGAUCCCAUCUAAUGGUUCGAUAUCGGUUUCUCCUGAAACAUCCGGCUUCAAUUAUCCCGGUACGACUCAACACUUAACGGGUUCGGAUGUCCUGGAGGACUGGGAGAAGUUCCUUGAUGAUGAAACAAGUGACUCUUGCUGGAAAAGUUUCUUAGACUUAACGUCGCCCACAUCGUCACCCGGCCCGUGGUAGAACUGGAUAUUUUUCUUCCAAGUCGUAUACUUUUAGUUUUAAAGAAAAUUCAUACACAGAAACGUUUGACUAAUAUUAUUUAUUAUUCUUUUGUAACAAAAUUAUUGAUUUAUAUGUUUGUAUCUCUUUUCUUAUAGGAAAAAUGGUUGUAUUGUAUUUCUUCUA